UUUGCUUGGUUCACACAAAUCUCUUCUUCUCUACGUCUUUGGUUUUAUCACUUCUAUGAGAUAUUUUUUCUCCGUCUUUCAUCGGAACAAAUGGUCAUGUUUGAAUAGAUAGAAAAGAAAAUCUUUGGUUGGCUAAAAAUGGCAACGGCUCUGCCAGCAGUAGCAUCUCUCUCCCAGGCUUCUUUCUUCAGCAAAGGGCACUCAAGAAUCUGCUAUCACGCUUCAAUUCCACUCUCCGAAGCCAAGUUGAAGCGGUUCACGGUCAGAGCUCUCAAAGAGAAAACAGAGGAAACUAAAAGCCCAUCUUCAUCUUCAUCACCUUCUUCUGCUUCAUCAGCUGAGGAAAUCACAAAGAAGUAUGGCCUAGAGGCUGGUCUCUGGAAGAUAUUUAGCUCAAAAGAGGAAGGAAAGGAAGGUGAUGGGGAGGAGAAGAAAUCAAAAGGGAAUCAAGCAAAGGAGCUGCUAGCACAGUAUGGAGGAGCAUACUUGGCAACCUCCAUUACUCUGUCUUUGAUCUCUUUCUUAAUCUGCUAUGCACUAAUUAGCGCUGGGGUUGAUGUCCAAGCUUUGCUGCAAAAGGUGGGGAUCUCAACCAAUGAGACCGGGGAGAAGGUUGGCACAUUUGCUUUGGCAUAUGCUGCACACAAGGCCGCAUCUCCAAUCAGAUUUCCUCCCACGGUAGCCCUGACUCCAAUCGUUGCCGGCUGGAUUGGAAAGAAAGUUGAGAAAGAAAAAUAACCUUUUUCUUUUUCUUUUUUAUAUGUAUAGUUUCUUCAGGUCAAAAACCCCAUGUUUUACUUCUUGUCAUACUACAUUUUUUCCUUCCUGUAACCAACUCUGGAUUAUAAUG